AUGCUGUUAGCGGAACGAAAUGAUGACCUGUUAUCUCAACUGCUUCAGUUGAGCAAAAAUGUUUAUGCUGUUUCAACUUCCACUCUCUCCUCUUGCGCUGUAACAACUAUUUCAAGUUCAGCCAAACCAAAAAGUGCCUUCAAACCUUUACGUGCUGAAACAACAGCGCAUCAGAAAUUAUCUGAUGAAUGUCAAGCGUUCAGGGAAACUUUCCAGUUUUCGGAACCUGGUAAUGUAACUGCAGUACAAGAUUUCGUUCGUAAUGACUAUUUACAACUGCAAGAUAAAAACGUGUCUUUGGAUUGCAUCAGUUUUGAAUUGGCAAAUCAGUUGAAAGAUACUAGAAAGAAAUUGGUAAAUGCUGAAAUACGAGCAGAAGAAGCCGAAAAACAAACAGCGGAAGCUCGUGAACAUUGCAUGCUGCAAGAAAAAAACAAUAAGUGUUUGGAAGCAGAAUAUUCAGAAACGUGCAGCAUUAUGGAGAAGGAGCUAAAAAACUUGAGAGAAGAACUGAAUGCGAAAAAUGAACAGUAUUGUGCAUGUAUUGCUGAAAAGAAUAAACAGGAUGAGAAAAUGAAACAAUGGCAAUUUGCUGUUGACGAGAUGAAAGCCGUACAUUCAGAAAUUCAAAUGCUGGAGAAACAGGUGAACCUAGAUUGGGCAUAA